AUGCCCUUCUCUAUAGCUCGCGUCUUCGCAAACGGCCCGCUUCGCGCCAAGGAGGCUUCCUCGUUCGUGAGCAGCAAGUACCCAGUCAUUGACCACGAGUACGAUGCCCUUGUUGUCGGUGCCGGUGGCUCCGGUCUGCGUGCCGCUUUCGGUCUGGCCGAGGCGGGCUUCAACACUGCCUGCAUAUCGAAGCUGUUUCCCACGCGCUCCCACACUGUUGCCGCUCAGGGUGGCAUCAACGCCGCGCUCGGCAACAUGCACAAGGACGACUGGCGCUGGCACAUGUACGACACCGUCAAGGGCUCCGACUGGCUCGGUGACCAGGACGCUAUCCACUACAUGACGCGCGAGGCCCCGGCUUCCAUUAUCGAGCUUGAGAACUACGGCUGCCCCUUCUCGCGUACCGACGAGGGCAAGAUCUACCAGCGUGCUUUCGGUGGCCAGUCCCGCGAGUACGGCAAGGGUGGCCAGGCCUACCGUUGCUGCGCCGCUGCCGAUCGUACCGGCCAUGCCCUGCUGCACACUCUGUACGGCCAGUCUCUGCGCCACAACACCAACUACUUCAUCGAGUACUUCGUCAUCGACCUGAUCAUGGAGGACGGUGAGUGCCGCGGUGUCCUCGCCUACAACCAGGAGGACGGCACCCUGCACCGCUUCCUUGCCAACCACACCGUCCUCGCCACUGGUGGUUACGGUCGCGCCUACUUCUCAUGCACGUCUGCCCACACCUGCACGGGUGACGGCAUGGCCAUGGUGGCCCGUGCCGGCCUGCCCAACCAGGAUCUCGAAUUCGUCCAGUUCCACCCCACCGGUAUCUACGGUGCUGGCUGCCUGAUCACCGAGGGUGCUCGUGGUGAGGGUGGUUACCUGCUGAACAGCGAGGGCGAGCGCUUUAUGGAGCGUUAUGCUCCCACUGCCAAGGAUCUGGCCUCGCGCGACGUCGUCUCCCGUUCCAUGACCCUCGAGAUCCGCGAGGGCCGUGGUGUUGGCCCUGACAAGGACCACAUCUACCUGCAGCUGAGCCAUCUGCCCGCCGAGGUCCUUGCCGAGCGUCUGCCUGGUAUCUCGGAGACGGCGAGCAUUUUCUCAGGUGUGGACGUCCGCAAGCAGCCCAUCCCUGUCCUGCCCACCGUCCACUACAACAUGGGUGGUAUCCCCACCAAGUACACUGGUGAGGUCUUGACCGUCGACAACAACGGCAACGACAAGGUUGUGCCCGGCCUGUACGCCUGCGGUGAGGCCGCUUGCGUGUCUGUCCACGGUGCCAACCGUCUGGGUGCCAACUCCCUGCUGGAUCUCGUCGUCUUCGGCCGUGCCGUCUCCCACCAGAUCCGCGACACGUCGAGCCCCGGUGCCAAGCUCAAGCCCCUGCGCGCCGAUGCCGCCGCCGACUCCAUCGAGUACCUCGACAAGAUCCGUAACGCGGACGGCCCGCGCACGACGGCCGAGAUUCGCCUGGCAAUGCAGAAGACCAUGCAGACGGAUGUCAGCGUGUUCCGUACCCAGGAGUCCCUGGAUGAAGGUGUCCGCAACAUCAACAAGGUCGACAACACCUUCAGCGAGGUCGGCAUCAAGGACCGCAGCAUGAUCUGGAACUCGGACCUGGUCGAGACCCUUGAGCUCCGGAAUCUGCUCACUUGCGCCACCCAAACCGCCACCGCUGCCGCCAACCGCAAGGAGUCGCGUGGUGCCCACGCCCGCGAGGACUAUCCCGAACGCGAUGAUGCCAACUGGAUGAAGCACACCCUGACCUUCCAGCGCGAGCCCCACGGCCCCGUCGACCUCAAGUACCGCAAGGUCAUCAGCACCACCCUGGAUGAGAACGAGUGCAAGCCCGUGCCGCCGUUCAAGCGUGUGUAUUAA